AUGGACUACGCAGAGCCCGUCCCGCAGCCGUCGCCCUCUGAUGCCUCGCUGGAGGACGCGAGCAUGCACACCGUUACUGCCUCAUCUGUCAACGCUCUCCCCCAUAUCCACAACCACAACAUCUCAGACUCCGCCGACUCUGCCCGCAGGCCUCAGACUUCCUACUCCGACACUGGUUUCGCUUCCAAUUACCAAUCUCAAGACAACACUCCCGACCCUCAACACUCGGAAGACCAGAUGCCGCAAUACCCCUCCAGACCGAGCUCCCGUUUGAACCGUCAAAACAGCGACUACAGCGAUCAGAAUGCUCAACGACAACAAGCACAGAAGAACGCUAGCGUCGUUAUCAAGGUCGGAAUGGUCGGUGAUGCACAGAUUGGCAAGACCUCUUUGAUGGUCAAGUACGUCGAGGGAAGCUGGGACGAGGACUACAUUCAGACUCUUGGUGUGAAUUUCAUGGAAAAGACGAUUAGCAUCCGCAACACGGAAAUCACCUUCUCAAUCUGGGACUUGGGUGGUCAGCGCGAAUUCGUCAACAUGCUGCCCCUUGUCUGCAACGACGCCGUCGCAAUCCUCUUCAUGUUCGACUUGACCCGUAAGAGCACACUCAACUCCAUCAAGGAGUGGUAUCGUCAAGGCAGGGGUUUCAACAAGACGGCCAUCCCUUUCCUGGUCGGUACGAAAUACGACCACUUUGUCAACUUCCCUCGCGAAGAGCAAGAAGAGAUCAGCAUGCAGGCUAAGCGCUUUGCAAAAGCCAUGAAAGCAAGUUUGAUCUUCAGCAGUACCAGUCACAGCAUCAACGUUCAGAAGAUCUUCAAGAUUGUGCUAUCAAAAGCAUUCGACCUGCGCUGUACGAUUCCAGAGAUCGAACACGUUGGCGAACCUCUGCUCCUCUACCAACACGUGGGCUAG